AUGCUGGGGGUACCUAUACCUCCACCAGGGCCUAAGUUUGCCUUUCUUGCUGCUGAGCUCCUUGAUAAUAUCUUUGCGAAUUUGGGGCCAGACGAUAUCAGCAACGUACGCCUAGCUUGCAAGCCGUUCGCCAAUGCCUGCGUUAAAUAUACGUCAAAAAUGUGCGUUGUCAGUUGCACCAACGACGGCCUCGAGAAACUAGAGCACCUUUCAAACCAUCCGCUAUUCUCUCAGCACAUACAGUCUCUUGCAUUGGAUUGCAGCGUAUUCUGGACACUGUCCCCAGGAAAGCCCAACCAACGGUGGGAUUACGUGGCGGAACCUGAUCCACGGCCAUUUCCAUGGUGCGAACCGUACAAGGCUCUAUGGCAACAACAGAGGGACAUCAGGGACGGGAAGAAGGAUGCGGAGAUCAUUUCCAAGGCCAUUCCACGGCUCCAGCAUCUUAAAAACAUCCAUAUCUAUAUGGAUUCUUUUCGCCGAUGUGGCCGUUUAAUUCGGGAGACUUACGAUUCCGCAUUUGAACUCUUCAGCUUCGCCCACGAUAAACCCGUUUCCUGCUCUGUUAAUCAAUAUCUGAUGGUAAUGAGACCCCUUCGAGAUGCGGGAAUCAAGAUCGAAUCUCUCGAGCUACGCGAUGUGUCAUACUCUAUCUUCUACCCUCAAGAUGAGAUCGUGGAUGGCAUGGAGAAGAAUUUUCAACACCUGACAAGCUUGUAUAUUCGAGUACAGGCCCAUCCUGACAAGCCAAUGAGUGAGAUGAGGCCGACACCUGAAUUGGGCGAGGUCCUUUCGAUGGGCGUUAUGGCACGAUAUCUCGAGGCAGCUGCCGGCUUACGUUCUCUAACCCUCGCAUCAAAGGACGACCACGGCAACAGAAUUAUGGCUGUAGACUACGCAUUCUCUCCUAAUUUCACUUGGGAGCAUUUGCACACUUUGGAACUGGACAAUGUUUGGAUCAGGGAGGAAGUUUUGAACGGGUUGGCUGCUCGCCAUUCCAACACACUCAGGAGCCUGACACUGCAUAAUAUCGUAAUCAGGGGAUCUUGGUUCACUUCUCUGCCAACUAUUCGCGAUGUGACCUCACUUGAAAAAGCAACUGUCUACGGCUGGCUUUCCAACCCGGCAGGUGAAUAUCCAAGACGUGAAUACUGGAGACUCGGCGUCUAUCCAGAUAGAGAGCACGACACGCCUUGGGGUGACGACGAAAAGCAGCAUAAGCUUGGGCUGCAGGUUGGAUCGUACCUGUGCAAGGUACCGACCGUUCCCCGGCUGCCAUUGGCGUAUUCAAACAUGACUAGAUAG